AUGGAAGUAAUGAGCAUUCUGGGGCUUGCUUCUGAAGUUGUGAGAAUUAUCGAUCUGUUACAGUCCUAUACUAACAGAAAAUUGAAAAUAUCCGAGUUCUUGUUUGACGCGAAGCGCUUUGCCCUUAAAAAUCGACAGGUGGCUGACGAGUUCCCCCUUCAAAUUUAUCGUUCCUGUCUCAUAUUUGCUCCAAAAUUGUCGGUAAUUCGCAAGCAAUAUGAAGGAGAACUCGUGAAUUCGGUAUUAUCAAAUUGUCAUAAGACUUGGGGUGCAGAGUUACAGACUCUUGAGGGCCAUUCAAGCCAGGUUCGGUCAGUGGCCUUCUCACCGGACGGCCGGCUACUAGCGUCCGGCUCCUAUGAUCAGACAGUGCGGCUCUGGGACACAGCGACGGGCGCGCUACGACAGACUCUUGAGGACGAUUCAAGUUGGUUUUACUCAGUGGCCAUCUCACCGGACGGCCGGCUACUCGCGUCCGGCUCCUAUGAUAAGAUAGUGCGACUUUGGGACACAGCGACGGGUGCGCUACAACAGACUCUCGAGGGACAUUCAAGUCGGGUUAACUCAGUGGCCUUCUCACUAAACGGCCGGCUACUAGCGUCCGGCUCCAACGAUCGGACAGUGCGUCUCUGGGACAUAGCGACAGGCGCGCUACAGCAGACUCUUGAGGACCAUUCAAGCCAUUCAAAGGUUAACUCAGUGGCCUUCUCGCCAAACGGCCGGCUACUAGCGUCCGCUUCGGAAGAUACAUUCGUGAAACUAUGGGAGAUAGCCACAGGCACAUUACAGCACACCAUUAUAGGCCAUUUUGGUGUGAUUCAAUCAGUGGCCUUCUCGCCUAGUGGCCAGCUAUUAGCAUCUGCCUCUUACGACAAAACGGUCAAACUUUGGGAAACCACAGGCGCGUUGGAGCAAACCCUCCAGGGCCAUACCGAUCGAGUUCAAGCAGUAGCAUUCUCACCGGACGGCCGGCUGCUCGCGUCCGCCUCGAACGAUAGCACUAUCCGGCUCUGGGACGCAGUGACAGGCGCGCUACAGCAGACUCUUAAGGGCCAUUCCAGUCUGGUUAGCUCAGUGGCCUUCUCACCCGACGGCCGGCUCCUAGCGUCUGGCUCUAAUGAUCAGACAGUGCGUCUCUGGGACACAGCGAUAGGCGCGCUACAGCAGACUCUUGAGGACCGUCCAAGCCAUUCAAGUCGGGUUGAGUCAGUGUCUUUCUCGCCAGACGGCCGGCUGCUAGCGUCUGGCUCCAAGGACCAGACAGUGCGGCUCUGGGACACAGCCACGGGCAUGUUACAGCAGACUUUCCUAGGUCAUUCAGGUGGGGUUCAAUCUGUGGCCUUCUCGCCUAGUGGCCGGCUAUUAGCAUCUGCCUCUGAUGAUAGUACCGUCAAACUUUGGGAAAUAGCGACAGGCGCGUUGGAGCAGACUAUUAUAGGCCAUUUAGGCGGGGUUCAAUCGGUGGCCUUCUCGCCUAGUGGCCGGUUCUUAGCAUCUGCCUCUAAUGAUAAAACUGUCAAACUUUGGGAAAUAGCCACAGGCGCGUUGGAACAAACCUUCCAGGGCCAUACCGAUCGAGUUCAAGCAGUAGCAUUCUCAUCGGGCGGACGGCUUCUCGCGUCCGCCUCGGACAGGACUAUCCGGCUCUGGGAUAUAUCUAUGGGUGCCCUGCUGCAGACCUUAGAUCUCGGACAAGUAGUGACCAGUUUGGAAUUUUCUGCAGAUGGAUCAUACCUGCAAACAAACUUUACAAACAUACCUCUGGGGUACAUGAAGUUCAUGUAUUGGUGCGAUAAUCCGAUCUCCGGGUCUUCCAAGACUGCGCCAAAGGCUCUUCUGGUCGAUAGCCAUUGGGUGAAAUUUCGAGGCGAAAAGGCGCUCUGGCUUUCCUCCGAGAAUUGGCCCUCCACCUGGGCGGCCAAGGACAAUACUUUGGCAUUAGGCCACGAAUCGGGACGGAUCUCUAUCAUUGAAUUUCGUGUGUAG